AUGCGCCACCCCUUCGCUAACGUCCAAUACUACGCAAGCGAGUUACAUUCUGAUGAUGCAUACGACUCCGAGGACGCUCCCUCCUCAAACGAGAAGUCCUCCCUCCAGCACGCCCUUGUGAUACCUCCGCGCUGGCCACAACCGGAAUUAACACCCUCCGUGUUCCACCCUCAAGAACCGGCCCAGGUGGUGAAACAAACCCGCAGACUGGCCGUGUUGCUCGGCGGACUAGAGCCUGGCUCCGUAAUCCCAACCUACCGCCCUGGCGGUACCGUGAACGGCUCCCUUGCUAUUCUGAGCCCGUCGGAGCUGCUCUCGGUGCACGUGGCUGUACAUGGGUACAUCAACAUUAGCGAAAUCGCCGGCGCGGGGCGAACCCUUACGGAGGUACUUCACGAGGACCUCUACGCGUGGAACUCAGAGUGCAGUCCUCCGCUGCCUUUGAGGAUCCCCUUCAAGUACACCCUCCCUUCGCAUUACCCCGAUCCCAGCUGUGGCGAGCGUCUUCCGCUCCCACCGACCUACCACGCGUAUCUCUCCGGUAUCCCCGGCUUCACUGUUAAUGUGUCAUAUCACAUUGCGGUAGACAUGCUCUAUACGAAGCGCCAAGGACCAUCGUGGCGAAAGCGCAGGUGCUUGCGAGUGCCUCUGCAAUUGCAAUAUUUCACUCGUCCUGCCGCGUGCGGUCCCUUUCGCCUCAGCUCGGAGCAGAACGCGGCUGGCCCGCGCACAUUGUUCACGUUCCACAUGCCAUCUAGACAGACUAGUCGCGCCCAGAUAGAGACACAUGUAUUCCUACCGCAAUCGCAAAUCUGUAGCCUUAAAGAGCCCAUUCCUUUCUUCGUAACUUUAUUCGGAAACGAGGCGGUCCUCGCGCCGUUCCUCCGUUAUGCGCCGUCCUCGGCAUCCUUCCAUCCCUUGUCAUCACCGUCGGAAACAUCUAUCGACUCAUUGCAGCGCGCUCUGAAGCUGCGGCAGAGCACGCCUUCGUGCCCACUGCGCAUCAUCUUACAAAGGACCACAGCAGUCGACGUGGAUCGCGCCGGCGUUCCCUGCGUCGAAGGCCGCGUCGGUCAAGACUUUGCCUCGAAGAGCAUCGGCCAAGGCGCGAUCCACAACGUCAGCCGGGGCCCAAGGUCGAUAACCUGGGCGGGGACCAUCACGGUCAACGCAGACAUCGCCUCGGGUGGGUUCGUGGCGAGUGGGCUGAGAGUAUCGGACAGCAUCGUGGUCUCUAUCAAGCCGCCGGAAGUAUCACGGAGCCGCUGGAUGCCACUGUGUGAGACGAUAGCGGUGCGACUGACCACGGAGUCGUAUGGGUGCUCCGCCGCUGUGCCCGUAGCCUGA